UAUAGUGUCCGUAUACCUAGGUAGGUGUUUAGGUAGGUAUGUCGAAUUGUUCAAGGUAAAUCUUUACGUUCGCCUGUCGAUAGAGGGGCGUGGCUCAACACUCGCUGUCUGUACACAGAGAAGUGACUGUUGAAAAUCGCUGAUCGAGAGGGCCGUCAGCAGAGGGAGGAGAGGCAGUGUGCGGCAAGAACCAUACACUGACGGAAGGGAGCAACAGUAGGGAGGAAAACACCAGUUGCUGUUGGACUAAAAAUGGCGAACAUCACCAAUACAACCGACGCUCCAAAUGCCACCGCUUUUACACUUUACAAUUAUAAGUGCUCUAACAAGGGUAUCCUGCUACCCGUCAUCAAUGAGUUCACGUGGUCGGACAAUACCCGGGCCGCCCUAUACUUCAUAGCCAUGUUAUGGUGCUUCCUCGGAGUUUCCAUCAUUGCAGACAUUUUCAUGUGUGCUAUUGAACGUAUAACUAGCAAGACAACUAAGGUGAGAAUCCCAGAUGAAGGCAUGCCCGAAGGUUACCGAGAGCUCAAUGUCAAGGUAUGGAACGACACUGUAGCUAAUCUGAGUUUACUUGCACUUGGAACAAGUGCUCCCGAGAUUCUACUCUCUUGCAUAGAAGUCAUCGGCAACCGCUUCGUCGCCGGAGAACUCGGGCCAAGCACCAUUGUAGGUUCGGCGUCUUUCAACCUCCUUGUCAUCUCAGCCAUUUGUAUCUCUUGUAUUCCUGAUGGAGAAGUCCGCAAAAUGAAAUACUUAAAGGUAUUCGGAGUAACGAGUUUCUCGUGUAUAUUUGCAUACGUAUGGCUUGUCAUCGUUCUGAUUGGGAUAUCUCCAAACAGGGUAGAGCUGUGGGAAGCGAUCGUAACUCUCCUCUUCUUCCCGACUCUCAUCCUCGUCGCCUACCUGGCUGAUCGAGACUGCUGUAUGAAGAAGGAGGACCUCGAUGCCUCCGGAAUGGUCGGAAUCUCGCUACAGGACCGCAAGGACCCAGAGGAGACCAUGGCGCUGGACAGCCGUACUUCAGGAGACGCCUCUCUAAUGAAUCUCGCAAAGGAGCUGGGACACGAGGCGCGUGAAGAUGGUUUGCCGGAGGAUGAAGCUGCUAAAUUAGCCGCUGCGAAAAUUGCCGAGAAUCAGUCGCACGGUCGUAUGUGGUACCGAAUCAACGCAACUCGCGGAAUCACAGGCGGUAAACGUCUAGUCCCGCACGUCCUGACGUCCUUCCAAGGGAUCUAUAAUAACAUCCGUUUGCCGGAGGAGGAGCGUAAGAGUGCCAAGGCCGUCGACCAUUCGGAAGGCGGACAAAAGGCUGUGAUCGAGUUUACAGCGGCUUCGGUAUCUGUCCUGGAGAGUGAGAAGAGAGUUCGAGUAGGCAUCCGACGAUACGGCAACAUAGACAAAUCAGUGACUGUCAGGGUUGAAACCAUCAACGGUACCGCUGUGGCCCCAGAAGACUACAUCACUUUCAACGAGGAGGUUAAAUUCGCCGCCAAGGAUCAGCUCGAACAGAUCUACAUCGAGAUCGUGGACGACAACGAGUGGGAGCCAGACGAGUUCUUCUUCGUCAAGCUGAUCAGGUUUGAUGAUGACGUACACGAUGCUGCUCUCGGCAAUGUUUCCAUCUGUCAAGUCACCAUCAUCAACGACGACGAACCCGGUAAACUGGAAUUCGCCAAGCCCACCAUCAUCGCCACCGAUUGUAAUAGAAGGGUACGGAUCCCAGUCCAGAGAGUGAACGGGGCUGAUGGUCACGUGUCUGUCAAGUGGGAGACUAAGGACAUCACCGCUAUCAGUGGCAAGGAGUUCGAGGGCGGCAGCGGGGAGCUUCUGUUCGAUCAUGGGGAGACCAAUCGUACCAUCGAUAUUAAUAUUCUAGACAGCAUGAAACCAGAACGUGACGAGAGUUUCCAGGUUGAGCUGACAGUUUGUGAUGGUGGUGCCGUUCUGGGGAAGAUUUCAAAAUGUAUUGUUACUAUCGUCAGUGAUGAAGAGUUUAACGGAUUAGUCAGUAGGAUCUUCAACUUGACUAAGGCAAACCUGGAUUAUCUACAGUUGGAGGAGUCCACGUGGGUCGGACAGUUCCGACAAGCUAUGAACGUCAAUGGCGGUGAGAUCGAAGAAGCUACUUUCUUGGACUACAUCCUACACUUCCUCACAUUCUUCUGGAAAGUCUUGUUCGCCUUCCUACCUCCACCAAAAUACUGGAACGGAUGGCCGGCUUUCGUCCUUUCCCUAGCUGCAAUUGGGUUCAUGACCGCAAUCAUUGGAGAUUUGGCUGGAAUCUUUGGGUGUCUGAUUGGCCUCCCAGACAGUAUCACCGCCAUCACCUUCGUCGCCCUCGGAACCAGUGUACCGGAUACGUUCGCUAGUAAACACGCUGCCGUAAACGAGAAGACAGCAGACAGCUCCGUAGGCAAUAUCAACGGUAGUAAUUCUGUCAACGUAUUCCUUGGAAUUGGACUGCCUUGGACCAUCGCUGCAAUCUACUGGAUGGUCAAAACUGGAGAAGAUUUCCAUGUACCCGCCGGAUCACUCUCGUUCACUGUGAUUAUCUACACGGUAGCCGCCAUUAUGGCCAUCUUGUUUCUCAUCUUGAGACGCAACUUGUCGAUUUUCGGUAAUGCUGAGCUGGGUGGACCUAAGAUCCCCAAAUACGUCAGCAGCAUCUUCUUUGUUUCCCUUUGGGUCAUCUACAUCCUCCUCUCUUCAUUACAGGCAACUGGCAAAAUUACAUUAAACAUUUGAGUGACUGCGGUUGUUCAUACCAUGAGAUCGUCCACAGUGAAAGCAGGGUAGAGGAUAACCCACCAAUGACUAUAUUCUUCCAAAUAGUUCUAUAUAUCGUAUCUAGGUUAGAUAAUAUUUCUCAAACCAGACACCUAGAUUUCGCCAAGGUUGUCUACUGAAGGGCCAGAUCCACAGAUAUCGAAAAAUUCGCGAUUGACCUUUUUUCUGUCAGGCCCGAUAGAAUAUGGUAUGAAAAUACCUUGGUUUAUGAACAAACAGGUUGGGGCUUAGAAACACUGUCCCUACCAUAAGACCCACCCGUGUUUUAAUUGUUUGAUAACGUGUAACGGCUAUUUGUUUAACAUAAUACCAGUUUAUCGGUUUGGGUUCCAUCUUGGUAUAGCCUUAUUUUACUUAUAAGUUAUACAUAUAGCAGAGGUUAUGUGGGAGAAAAGAUGCGAUACAAAAUUGAGCUUUAAAUAUUGAUUUUGUUGUUAUACGUUUAAUUCUGUUAUGGUGGAUACGUACUUAUAAAAGUUUUAACUCAAACCUACCAUGAUGGAUUUGCCAGUCCGAGCGAGCAAUGGUAUGCAUUAUAAUGGAUGUUUGUGAAUGAAAGAUUGAUUUAGGGAGAAUGCGCGUGACUAUGACAUAAACGCUAACUCGGGCACGCACGAGAGACUGCAUGUGACUAGUACAUGUACAUAAACGCUAGUUCGCGCACGCACGCACGCAAGAGAGAGAGAGACAGACAGAGAGACCGACAGAGAGAGAGAGAGAGAGAGAGAGAGAGAGAGAGAGAGCAUAUGUGUGAAGUUUUUGUGAUCUUGGUGGAAGAGUUAGACUAAUAGUGCAAUGAGUUCGUACAUAAAUGCCUUACAAUUUAUAUAAAGUAUAGAUGCUAACCUAUUACUAUUUCAGUUAUUGCUCAACAAUUGUCGCUUAUAUAACAAACUGAUAUUAACAACCAAAAUAACUCAUCUUGCCACCAAAAUCUGUUGGGUAAACAAACUGAAAUUUUCGUACGUUUUCAGACCCCCUUGCCUGAACCAAGUUUUCCAAGUAUUCAAGUAGCAAGCAUAACAUUUUUAUUAUUUUAGACAAUGUUUUUAUUCUAAUAAUAUUAUUUCAAUUCCAGCAUUUAUUUACGAUUAUUUAUCUCCUUUUAUCUAACCUCGCCAGGUAUCUGUAUAUUUGUAUUUGUAAUAUAUGUACAGUUUGACAUUGUUUUAGUUAUUGUAUAAAAAAUAUGAGGAUUUCAUGCAGGUACUUAAUUUUAGUAUAUUUAACUAUACAGUUUUAUACAGUAUAUAAGUGUAUAUUUCUAAAUAUAGUACUUAACUUUAUGAUUUUAUAUAUAAAUGAGUAUAGUUGUAUAAAGUUAGCAUGUAACGGCAUAAUUUUAUACACUUAGUAUGUAAAAAAUAGAUAUACUUUAUAUGUAACUUCAUAGUUUUAUAUACUUUGUAUGUAACUUUAUAAUUUUAUAAACUUGUUACGUAACUGUAUACCUAUAAAUAAUUAGUAGAUAACUUAAUAACUUAACAUAUUUGGUAUAUAUAACUUUAUAGUUUUAUAUACUUUGUAUAUAGCUGUACACUUUAUAUACUUUGUAUAUAACUGUACACUUUAUAUACUUUGUAUAUAACUGUACACUUUAUAUACUUUGUAUAUAACAGUACACUUUAUAUACUUUGUAUAUAACUGUACACUUUAUAUACUUUGUAUAUAACUGUACACUUUAUAUACUUUGUAUAUAACUGUACACUAUAUAUACUUUGUAUAUAACUGUACACUUUAUAUACUUUGUAUAUAACUGUACACUUUAUAUACUUUGUAUAUAACUGUACACUAUAUAUACUUUGUAUAUAACUGUACACUUUAUAUACUUUGUAUACAACUUUACGUGUGAUAUACAUAGUGUAUAGCUGUAUAAUGUUAUAUACUUUGUAUGUGAAGUAAUUGUAUAUAAUUUUAGUAGUAUCUGUACAUGUAGAUUGUAGGGUAUAUAUUUUUAAUCUAAUAACAACGGUACAAUUUAGGCUGUACACUUCACUUGGAUAGAAUGCGUAUUCCCCCAAUUUACACGUAUUCUCCUUACCUUAUAAUGAUAGACCUAUCUUAUACUUUUUAGCAUACAAUACGGCUCUCGACAAUACAUUUUGUACUAUUUACAAGUAUACAAUAUUGUAUUUUAUAUAUUUUUACUUAACUCAUUAUACACUACUUAUUUUUGAUACGAGAGGGAUUUUCAGGGGAAACUUAUAAUGGUAUCGGAUUUUGAUGCUCAUACUGUAGAUGGACUUUCGUUAUAAAACCUUAUGACGUAAACUCUUGUCCAGAAUCUCUUGUCCGUUGUUAUGAAGCUAGGGGUGCCUCGACGGUUAGUUCAUCAUUAUAUUGCUUCUGUGCCUGUGUUGUACAAGUAUUACACGCUUACAAUUUAUACAACAUUAAAUCAUUACUAAUUUAAAAAACCAA